GAAGGUAUUGUUUGUCGAAGCCGCCUAUAUACACGGCAUGUGCAAAGGCGCAGCUUCCAGAGGAGGUUGCUGCGAAAAUAAGAACGCACACCGUCACAUCGCUCCUGUCGCCAGCUCCAGCCCACGCAGGUCGCGAAAAUUCCAAAAUGUCACGGGACCUGUUUAGCACGCAGCCGUAUUUACGUACGCUGGCUAUGUUCUCUUUUCUUUUGGUUGUUGCAAUUGGGGCUCCAGGACUCGUCGUCGUGAAGUCGAGGACACCUGAGCAAAUCUUUCAAACGCAACAAACAGGUUCCGCAAGCAUAUUGGAGAGAAGUGACGCGUAUUACUUACCCGAAAGCCGAGAUGGUCUUGGAACUCAGCAUGACUGUGUGGGCAAUGGAGGGCAAUGCAACGAUACCUGCCUUGGAUCUUCGAAUUCUAACUGGGAUUGCCCAAAUAACAAGGAGUGUUGUGUAUAUGUUUGGUAGAAGAGUCUGUCACAUUGAAUGGAGAACUUUUGCUCUUUCGCCACUCUGUAACAGACACUUUUGUCAAUAUGAUCAAUAAUAAA